AUGGAAUAUCCUCCUCAAUAUCAACAGCCUCACGGGCAACAUCACACUCAGUCCCAUAUGACCGGUCCGUAUCAGAAUGCCCAGGCGAACGCAGGGCAGGCCGUGGGCUCCAUGACCUCUCCGACAAAUCCCCAGACGCACAUGCAGCAACCGCAUCCCAACCACCAGGCAUCUCCCAUUUUACCGCCACAGGGUCAUUAUCAACAGGCUCAGAAUGCUCCUGGCACGGUCCAUCAAUCGAUGAACUUUCCGCAGCCGUACGGAGUCACCGCCACGAUGCCCCAGGCGUAUGCCAUCUCUCCGACCCAGGCAGCUGCCAUGGCCACUGCGGCGGCCUCAGGGCAAUUCUACCCCAUGCACCAGGAUUCUAUGGCUGGACAAAUGGCUCAAGGGCCUCGCGGCUCUCCGCGAAUGACUGGCGUGCAAGUGAAAAACGAGCGGAACCCCCGAUCUCCUACCCAGGUUUCCGGCCAGAUGCCCUCAAUUCCGUCGCAGGUGCAGAUGUCGCAGAACGCCCAGAUGCAGCAACCUCGUCGCAUGAGCCAACAUGUGGGUAGCCCACAUGUUCCUAACGCGCAGCCAGUCAUGAACCACGUUGGUCGCCCGGGAGUACCGCAGUCCAUGCCACCACCACCGCAACCCCAGGUCCAGCAAACGCAAACUUCGCCAGAAGGGGUGGCAGGACCUGCGGAGGAGUCACCGCUCUAUGUCAACGCCAAACAGUUCCACCGGAUCCUGAAACGACGGGUUGCUCGACAGAAGUUGGAGGAACAGUUGAGGCUGACGUCCAAGGGUCGGAAACCGUACCUGCAUGAAUCCCGCCAUAACCAUGCCAUGAGGCGGCCUCGGGGCCCGGGCGGUCGGUUCUUAACCGCGGAAGAGGUGGCGCAGAUGGAGAAACAAAAGGCCCAGCAGGCCGCACAAGAAAAUGCUAGCGAAAAUGCGGCCAAACCAGCCGGUGAGAACAACUCGUCGGCACAGAAACGAAAAUCUGAGGCUGACGAUGGCAACGACAACCCUGCAAAGAAGACUAAGACGAGCGCGAGCGCUGAAGAGAGCGAAGGCGUCGAAUCCCACGAGCCUUCGGAUGAAGACGGUUGA